CCUGAGCUCAUGGGGGGCAGAUGCACACAAAGGCUCUUUGUUGUGCUCGUCCAAUCAGGCGCAGCGGAGGACAGAUCAGGCCGCGCCAGCCAAUAGGAGCGUUCGAUCCUCGCAAACUGGGCGGGUCUUGCAAUUUGGAUGCCGUGUGAUGCUCGGUCGCCGGUGCAAACGGGCGGACGAACGGACACAGGGGCUGCAGCUCUGCGUCGACCGCGCGCUCCACUGACCAAACCUUUACUACCCAGGGGUUAUUUACGAGCUAGUGUGCGAGCGCUGGGUGGGAACGGCCCAGCAGCAUCCCUGAUGUGAGCACAGUGGGAUUGAAGGAUGGAUACACGGGCCACACCUGUGCGCCAGCUGCGUUACCUGCGGACCUGUUGGAGACCACCGGGCACCGACGCGCGGCUCUGGGCGACUGACAGCCCGGCGAUGGCGUUGUGACCGGCGGUUACCUUAUGGGGCCCCGUGCGCAUCAACGCGCCCGCUGGAUUAUCGUAGCUCGGAUUCAGACUGGCUUCCGUUCGGUUACCGACUGGACCUUCUCUCAGUGUGUGUCUGUGUGUGUGAGUGUGUUUUUCAGACAAAGACCCUGCGCGUUAUAAAAGCGACGUGUUAUGGAUGCGGUUCGGCUGGACGGGUUGAACCCACCGGCGGAAAACGGCAAUGUGUCGCAGUCCGAACCGCACAAGCGGCUCUCGCAGGUGGACACGGUGGUUCUGCCGUUCCUCGGCGGGUUCGGGAGGUACCAGCGGCGGCUGGUGGCUCUAACGUGGAUCCCGGCGUUCCUCAUUUCAUUCAGCCAGUUUUCGGAUCACUUUCUACUCGGCCAACCGGACAGGAAGUGCGUCCGGCCGGAUCAGGGCAGCACGGGGAACGGGACGGAUCGGGAUUUGUUCGUGGAGGCGUUCGCGAACGGAACCGACAACAGCUUCGUAACGGCGUGUUUGUGCUCGGAGUGGCGGUUUGAUCUGCAGUCGGGACUGCAGCAGAAUGUGGUCACCAAGUGGACUCUGGUGUGUGACGGCGAGUGGAAAGUUCACAUCGCCAAGUUUUCUCUGUUGGUGGGCUCCAUCUUCGGCUACUUACUGAUGGGAGCCAUGGCAGACUGGCUGGGUCGUAUCCCGGUGCUGCUGGUCUCAGUGUUGUCAGUGCUGGUGUUUGGUCUGGCUGUGGCGUUCUCGGUGGACAUGUCCAUGUUCAGCACGCUACGCUUCUUUGAGGGAUUCUGCCUGGCUGCUGUCAGACUGACGCUUUAUGUCCUCAAGCUGGAGACGGAGCUGCAGCAGAAGCCAAAGACGUCCUGCGUGACGCAGCUGAGCGGCACAAGAAACCUCUGGAAGAACACAGUGGUCCUCUGCGUCAACUCGCUGACGGGUUACGGGAUCCACCAUUGUUUCGUGCGCAGUGUUCUGGAGGACAGCGCGUCUCACCUGCAUUAUUACGCUCUGGCCGCCAUCGCCGUGUCCUCCUGCAUGGUGCUGUUUCCCGUGGUGGGAGGAUUCGGCAGGAGAGGAGGUCUACUGAGCUUCAUGAUCAUCACAGCGCUGGCGUCGCUCCUGCAGCUCGGCCUGCUCAACCUGAUCGGGAAGUACAGCAUUCGCCACGACGCAGUGUUGAGAGACACCCUGAACCGGCGCUUCUCCUACGCCUUCUCCAUCAUCGGGAUGUUUUCGUCUCAUGCCGUCAGCACACUCAGCAUCUUCUACUGCGCAGAAAUCACACCCACGGUCAUCAGGGGUGGUGGAGUUGGUCUGGUGCUCGCUAGCGCAGGGUUCGGCAUGCUAACAGCGCCGCUGAUGGAGCUCCACAAUCAGAAGGGUUUCUUCCUGCAUCAUGUCAUCCUCACCUGCUGCACUCUGCUCUGCAUCAUUUGCAUACCGUUGCUACCGGAGACCGCCGGCCAACCGCUGCCCGAGACUAUGGCUGAGGGGGAGGGGCUUCUGCGCAGGCCCAUCCUCCCCGGAGAGCAGCACCACCUAUUGGCCAGAACGGAGGUCAGGGAGUACUCGCGUGUACAGGACACGCCCCUUCACCAAGUCGUCACCCCUGGCAACGGCAUGGUGCCUAGCAACAGCACAGUCAAUGGCAUGAGGACUUCGUGACGGAUUUUCUGAGAUGAUCUUGAACGAGUUUCAUUCAUGGUUUUUUUUUUUUGCGAAUCAGCGGAAACGCUUCAUUAACCAGCAUCGGUAGAGAUUUCACCAUAGUACGAACUGAAAAUGUGAUCGCAACUUCUAUUUUUUAAACAGCCACUAGUUUAAUGUCGAGGAAGAACAAGUUCAUUAAGGUGUCGCUGAUUUGAAUGUUUUUUGUAUUUAUUGGACAGAUUGAGAACCGGCGGACAUCCUAUACAGCCAGAUCAGUUGCAAAAAUAUAAACAUUUACAAAAAAAAAUUCAAUUACAAUUCACAUUUACGAAAUUGUAUUCUCAAAUUCAAAACCUAAUUCGUAAAUAAACAAGUACAGUUCAUCAAUGCAAAACACAACCCAUAAAUACGCAAAACCUAAUUCAUAAAUUAAUCAAAAUAUAUAAAUUUAAAUAAUUUAAUUAAAUAUUUAUAAAACAUAAAUUGUAAAUACGCAAAUCCAAUUCGUGAAUUCAAAACACAAUCUGUAAUUCUGCAAAUCCCAUUUGUGAAUUCAAAACACGAUUCGUUAAUACGCAAAUACAAUUUGUAAUAAAAAACACAAUUCAAAAAUAUGCAAAUCCAAUUCGUAAAUUCAAAACACAAUAUGU